AUGGAAAUGAUCAUCCUUUCCGCCCGGGAGAAAAGCAUUCGGAGAAACGCCUAUCACCAAUACCAGGUGAUCGUUCUGUCUAGAGAGAUAGGUUCGGGAAAGACAACUCAGAUCCUCCAGUUCAUCCUAUCUAAUGAAUGGGAGAAACCGGGAAAGAUUGCCUGCACCCAGCCUCGUAGGAUCGCAGCCACUUCAGUAGCCGCACAUACCGCCGCCGAGAUGGACGUCCAGGUUGGAGAGGAGGUUGUCUACGCUGUGCGCUUCGACCGCAAAGCCCACCCGCUGAAGAUCAAGCUUGGCUACAUGGCAGACGGCAUGUUGACUGAACUGGUCAAGGCAGACUCAACAUUCAACCUUUACGCCUGCAUCAUAAUCCAUGAGGUUCACGAGCGCACCUUGUCGACAGAUAUCUUGCUGGCCUUGCUCAAGUUGAGCAGCUUCCAAACGUUCGGAUCUCAGGGUGAUGGUUAUGUUGGCCACGCUGGACGUGGAGAAGUUUGUAAGCUAUUUCGGCAGCGAGAAGACAACACACUUUGCACUAAGUGGCAAAAACCAUCCCGUCCAGAUCAGGAUAUCUACGAAAAGGAAAAGGAUGGGGAUAUACUCGUUUUCUUCCAGUCCGUUGAGGAGGUUGAGGAAGCUUGCAUUCUGUUUCGCAAGGAAAUGGGAGAUCUCAACAUCUUGCCUCUGUACUAUCAACUACCACAGAGCCAGAAAGACCGAAUCUUCGAAACGAGCACACAGCGUAAAUGCAUGCGUGCCACGAAUAUUGCUGACACUAGCAUAACUAUCGAUGGAAUAGUUCAUAUUAUAGGGUAG